AUGGCUACCGUCACCAUUCAGCCUUCGACGGCUAGCCCGGUUGCUUCACCUUAUACCCAAAGCCAUCAUUCCCCGGAACUACGGCGCCGACCCCAGACCUCCACUCCCAACCUUUCUCCAUCUCCUGUCAAUUCCACUCUACCCCGUCUUUCGGCUCGGGAUGGAGCCAGUUGUGACGCUUGUCUCCGUAGAAAGAGUCGUUGCGCUAUGAAUGAUAUGGUCAACAAAUGCUACUCGUGCGACUUCCAUCGCCAGGAUUGCACUUUUACCUUAACCGCUGGAGACGGCCCCACCAAGAAGAGGAAGCUGUCCGAUUCGGUCCGGGACGAUUCUGCCAAACGCCCUUCUACCGUUCAGUCAACCCAGUCUUCAGAGGAAGUUGCUCGCCCGGGCCAUUGUCACGCCAUGAUCCGCCCAGGCUUCUUUAACCAAACCACCCAACAUAUUGGCCUGACCACCGAGCUAGAACCAGCACUAUUGGAAUUCUUACCCUUGGACGAAUACGACGAGUUCUCUGUUUCCGCUUCUCGCAUUCGAAGAUGCGCUGACGACCACACUUUCAUGCGCGUCGUCAAUACCGUCCCCAUCGGUGACUCGCAGGCCGUGUCACUCGAUGCCAUCGAGAGCCUGGUUGCUCCGUAUGGCUCCACCCUGGUUGAGAAGUUUUUCGAACAUGUGCACCCGUCCUUCCCCAUUUUGAUGGAGGAUGCCUUCCGUCAAUCAUAUCGAGAACGUCGCCAACUAUCACCCUUGCUUUUGGCAGCCGUUUAUGUAUUGACCUUGAAGUUUGUGGAUGUCGGAGCAUCCUCCCAGACAGCUCGACGACCGGAUUCCGCUCGUCUGGAGAGUGCGGCUUUGAAAUUGCUUUUGGACUCACUACCAUUCCCCAGUAUCUCAACUAUUCAGGCUGGUUUGCUAUUGACACAGAAGUCGACACUAGCCACCUCAUCCCUGAACGGUCAGCUCGUGACCGCCGGGUUUGAGCUGGGUCUGCACCAAGACUGCUCGAACUGGCGUAUGAAGGCGUGGGAGAAGGGCCUGCGGAAACGACUGGCUUGGGCUCUAUACAUGCAGGACAAAUGGUCCGCGCUCGUGCACGGCCGCCCCUCGCACAUUUUCGCAUUCAACUGGACCGUCAAAGAUCUUGUGGAGCAGGACUUCUCAGAUGCCUUCCUGUCCGGUACCCACUCCGCCCACGACGAAGCAGCCGUCGGACACGGUCCCCUCCUCUUCUGCCACAUGGUAGCUCUGACAACCAUUCUCUCCGACAUUCUCGACCGCUUUUACACCCUCCAGUCCGCAGAGGACUUCCACGCCGCAGGAAACCAGCGCACACGCAUCAUCCUGGAAAAGGCCAAACCAGCCCAGAUCCGGCUGAAGGAUUGGUUCUCUUCACUUCCAGCCGCGCUGAAGAUGGAAUCAGGCAACGGCGAGCUAGUGGAGACAAUCACAGAUGAAAACGCCCGCAACGGCGCCCUCCACCUCGCGUACUUCGCCACCGAAAUCACCCUCCACCGCUGCAUCGUCCGUUCCCUCGCCACGGACGGCUCAGACUCCUACCUCGCUCACAUCUGCCGCUCUGCGGCCAAGACUCGGCUUAUUUCCGCCAUGGACUUUGUCAACCGGCUCCGCCCUGCACACCUGCGCUCAUUCUGGCCCGCUUCCGCACGCACCAGUUUCUCGCUGAUCGGGUCCUUUGGCAUGUUGCUGCGUAUUACUGCGCCGACGACGGAGGAAUCUGAGUUUUACCGUCUCCGCCUGUGCGAGUACCGGUGGACACUGAGCGUUAGCCAUAAGAACGCCGAGUUUAUGGGCUUUGCACUGGAGAGCUUGGAUAAUGCUACUGCGCUUGAUAAACACGUUCCGGUGAAGCCUUCAAUCGCUGAGCUUAUGGCUUCGAGCAAGCAGGCUACCUCUCGUUUGCCGCCUAUGCAUGCUGCGACUUAUGAUGAGGCUAUGGGUGAUCCUGAUGGCAUUCCCGGCGGAACGGGCGCUUCGUCGUCUGUUAUCUCUGGCUUGGCUUCACCUGCUACAUCUGUCAGUGACAUGGAUGAGAAUGACUCGCCUAUGAUCUGA